AUGACCUCUCUCCAUAAAACUGCCCGGACUAUUUCCGUCAUUGCGGGGACGCUGGUCGCCCUGUCAUGCGGAACGAAUUAUGCAUACUCCGCGUGGGCGCCGCAAUUCGCCCAACGGAUGAAGCUCUCAUCGACUGAGAGCAACAUGAUAGGUGUUGCGGGAAACUUGGGCAUGUAUGCCAUGGGAAUCCCCAUGGGACUAUUAACUGAUGCGCGGGGCCCAAGAUUGGUCACGCUAGUCGGUUCGAUCUGCUUGGGUCUGGGAUAUUUCCCGAUAUACUUGGCAUAUGAACAUGGCGAAGGAUCCAUGCCGAUUAUCUUCCUAUGCUUAUUUACUUUCCUGACCGGAACGGGUGGCUGCGCUGCCUUCGGUGGUGCCAUCAAGACAGCGGCAUCCAACUUCCCCGAUCACCGUGGCACAGCUACUGCUUUUCCGCUGGCCGCCUUUGGACUCAGUGCGUUGUUCUGGUCCAACGUAUCCACACUCAUUUUCAAGGACGACACCGGCCGCUUCCUUCUGCUCUUGGCCCUCGGUACCUCGAUCCUGUCAUUUGCAUCAAUUCCAUUGCUUCGAAUCCUCGCCUCCGAGCCCUACUCAGCUGUCCCACACAACGCAACCGAGUCUAGAAGACUGCAUCACCCCACAGAUCUACGAUCUGUACCGGAGGCCGCAGAAGACUCCGGCCUACAUGGCUCAACCGCUUUCGAGCACGGGCAACACCCCGCGCACGCACGAUCUCAAUCAACCGUCUCAAACUCCCACGGUAGACCACUUGCCAACGACGAGACAUCUGUCCUAGUCUCCAAGGACGACCGCCCCCGCCCAUCCUUUGACACCCUAGACGACGACUUCCUAGACGAAGUAGCAGACGAGUCGCACUACCUAGACAUCAGAGGCCUAGCAAUGCUCAAGCGCGUCGAAUUCUGGCAACUCUUCCUAACAAUGGCCCUGCUCUCCGGAAUCGGCCUAAUGACAAUCAACAACAUCGGCAACAGCGUCAAAGCCCUAUGGCUCUACUACGACGACAGCGCCACAGACAGAUUCAUCCAACACCGCCAAGUAAUGCACGUCUCUAUCCUCUCCUUCGGCAACUUCCUCGGCCGUCUCUUCAGCGGUAUCGGCUCAGACCUCCUAGUCAAGAAACUCGGCAUGUCCCGCUUCUGGUGUCUCUUCAUCUCAGCCGUCGUCUUCACCCUGACCCAGCUAGCUGGUACAUCAAUCUCAAACCCGAACAGUCUGGUCGUCGUCUCUGGUAUGACGGGUAUCGCCUACGGCUUCCUCUUCGGCGUCUUCCCUUCCCUCACUGCUCACACGUUCGGUAUCAACGGUCUAUCCCAGAAUUGGGGUGUUAUGACCCUCGCCCCUGUGUUCAGUGGUAACGUCUUUAACAUCCUAUACGGGAGCAUUUACGAUGGCCAUUCCGUGGUCGGGAAGGACGGUGAUCGGGAAUGUCCUGAUGGUCUGGGCUGCUACCGCUCGGCAUAUUUCAUGACUUUCGUCUCGGGUAUCUUCGGUAUCGCCGUUUGUCUCUGGAGUAUCUUCCGUGAGCGGUCGAUUCAUAAUGCCAUGAACAGGAAGGCUGGUCACCGGCUUGCGUGA